UAUCGUCGAUACAGAAACCUAAACGAUUUCUAUUUACGGAGUAUAUCUAUAUUUCCUCUGCUUUUUUCAAGUUUCGCUCUGAAGUUUCUCUCUCAAAACGUUCUAGGGUUCCUCGAUCGGGAUUGGGGACCUUGUAGAACAUUAUUCAAGUUGCAUUUAUCGGGGGAGGAAUACUCAGAGCUAAUACGUUCGGAUUUCUUCGGUGAUUCGUCUCAUCCUUCUUGACCCUUCUAUUUUGGGACAUAAAUCCAGGUUCCAAGAAUGGAAGAGGUCAAGAAGGAGGAAAGUCAUGCCACAUCAGCAGCAGCUUUUGUGGAAGGGGGAAUUCAGGAUGCUUGUGAUGAUGCUUGCAGCAUUUGCCUUGAGAUAUUCUCCAAGAGUGAUCCUUCCACUGUUACUCAUUGCAAGCACGAGUUUCACUUGCAGUGUAUUUUGGAAUGGUGUCAAAGGAGUUCUAAUUGUCCAAUGUGCUGGCAACAGCUUAGUCUGAAAGAUCCAGAAAGCCAAGAAUUGCUUGAGGCUGUGGAACAUGAAAGGAGUUUAAAACUUAAUCCUGCAAGAAGUGCAACAAUAAUUCACCAUCCUACUCUGGGAAACAUUGAAUUGCCACAUUUACCAGUAGGCUUAAGCGAUACUGAACUUGAAGAACGCAUCAUCCAGCAUUUUGCUGCUGCUGCAAUGGAAAGGGCUCACCGCAAUUCUAGGAGGGAGCGAUCUAGAAGUCGUCCAUCCUCUGAUGAGCGUCAACAGCGUUUUGUGUUUUCUACACAUCCUAAUGGAUCUCGUGUUAGGCCUGGUUCUGCUUCCCAAGUCCCUGUUGGAGCAGUUUCAGAAUCAUCCUUGAACAAUGAAACUCCUCAAGUUUCAUCCAUCAAUUCUUCUGUUAAUAGCAGUCAUACUGUUGCUUCAUCCUCUGCAUCCAUACCCAUGCUAAACAAUUCUCAAGGAAUCUCUGUAGAUAGUAGAAGCUCUUCUGGCCAGUCUUCCAUGACAAAUCAAGAGAAUGCAGGUCCAUCUGAUUUGCAGUCAUUUUCGGAUACUUUGAGAUCUCAAUUUAGUUCAAUGUCGAUGAAAUACCGAGAUUCAUUUAACAAGACUAAAAGAGGGUGGAAGGAAAGGCUCUUUUCUCGAAGCGCAUCCUUAUCAGAUAUUGGUUCUGAAGUUAGGAGAGAGGUGAAUGCCGGAAUUGCUAGCAUCAUGGAACGCCUGGAAAGCCGAGAAAGUAACAGAUCCCCCCGUGCUCCGGUGGAUACUAACACGAGUACUCAGAGUGAGACACCAUCAAAUGACAACUCUGGUGCUUUGGCCACAAGGUUGCUUUGAAAUUAAGUCUUAGCAAUUAUAUAAUCAGUUGGCUGACAUUUCUUCCCAGCAUUUGAUAUUUGAAGGUUGUGUAAUCCCAGUCUUCAAAUAUGACAUGCCAAGGACAAACACUGGUUGCGUUUUUUCUGGCAAAAUUGCCGGAGUAGAGGGUAGAGGGGGAAGAGGAAGAGAGGCAUCCUCUGAAACAUAUUGUAUAUUCAAACAGAAAACAGUGGCCUGUGUUGUUAAUGUUAGCAAUCCAUGCAAGUAUCUGAUUACACAAUUUCACACUUAUUCACCUACUGGGUAAAACAUCAUUUUUGUUUUUGGGUUAAUUUGUACUUUUGGUUUAUGUAAGAUGGACAAAACUGAUGGAAUUAGCCUCUAUUGCAUGGUGGGUCAUUAUUUCUUCUAA